UCCGUGUUAGAGCUCAUUUUAUUACUUCUCUUCAAAUCACAUUAAUCGUGGAAUGGAAACACACAGCAACAGAACGUACCAGCGUGACUUCAAACACUUUGUUACAGGAAAUGUUCAAAAUGUCCUCCGUUAGCAAGGAAACAUGCAUCCACUCUCCGUCGCAUGGAAUCCCUGAUGCGCUGAUGCAGCCCUGGAGAAUGGCGUAUUGUAUCACAGCCGUCCACAAUACGAGCACGGAGAGUCUCUACAUUUGGUACCGGGGUUGCGUAGACAAGAGCUUUCAAAUGCCCCCAUAAAUGAAAGUCAAGAGGGUUGAGGCCAGGAGAGCAUAGAGGCCAUGGAAUUGGUCUGCCUCUACCAAUCCAUCGGUCACCGAAUCUGUUGUUGAGAAGUGUACUUAUACUUCGUCUGAAAUGUGCAGGAGCUCCAUCGUGCAUGAACCACAUGUUGUCGUACUUGUAAAGGUGCAUGUUCUAGCAGCACAGGUAGAGUAUCCUGUAUGAAAUCAUGAUAACGUGCUCCAUUGAGUGUAGGUGAAAGAAACUAAAAUGAGCUCUUAAAUGGAAAUUAAUCGUUUCGGGACACAUGUCCACAUAAAAUCUUUUCUUUAUUUGUGUGUGAGGAAUGUUUCCUGAAAGUUUGGCCGUACCUUUUUGUAACACCCUGUAUAGGGGCAAAGUGUCAAGUAGCCUCAUACCUUAACAGUACCCAUCAUACAUUCAGGGUAAUGGUAGUCACCAUGUCAAAUGACCAUCAUUACGCUCGGUAGUAUCAACCAUGGAAGUCACCAUAAUUAAGAUUGUGACAGUCACAGUCUACUGUUCAGCAUGUUAUUUCAUCAAAGAUUCUUGUAGUCUCCACUAUGUAAUAGCAUAAGUUAGCAAUGUCAGCAGAAGAUCAAGAACAUUUUGUAAUACAAGAUAAAGUUAAUACCUUAGCAUGGAUGCACUAUAAUGUUUGGCUGACUUUCUAAAGUAGCUGAAAAUGGAUAGUUCAAAGCAUAUCAACCCUCAUUUCCAACCUGUGUGAAGGUGUAUCAAUGUUGUUUCAUUGAGGUUUCAUGUAGUUUGAACUGAGUGACAGCAUUUUUCAGUCCUUGGCAAGUGCACUUACAAGCUGGAAGUUAGGUCAACAGUAAUGUUACAUGUGUUUCAUAAUUUAUACAACAGAUCUUUAAAUAUUUUGAUAAAUAAUGCACACACAUUUUGUUCUCUUUAAAGCAUAGUGCAGUAAUCAAACUUCGCUUGUUGUGAUGUGCAUCUUAACCUAUUAGAUAUAUCAGUAGUGCCAAUAAUCUGUAUUUUUUUAACAAUAUUAUAGAAGAAUGAAAUUACUUCAGUAGCACCUUUUAUGUUUUGUACUUCAUAUACACACAUAGUUUAAUUGCUUCAAAGACUGAAUUUUUGUUAACAAUCAGAGACCUGUAGCUGUACUUGCAUUUUGAUAAAUAACUUUGUUUUGAUAAAAAGAUUGCAUUUUCAAUACCUGGAAUUUUCAUCUUUGUGUGAAACCUUUUCCAUCUUUUCCUAUUUUACAUUAUGUAUUUGGUACUUUUAACAGAGCAGGAAAAGAUAGAUUGCUACUUGCCAUACAGAUAACCUGCUAAGUUGCAGAUAGGCCCAAUUAAAAGACACUUACACAUAAGCUUUUGGCCAUAGUCAAUUGGAAAAAGAGAAACACACACCAUUCAUUACUACAAGCAAGCACACCUCACGCAUAGUCCGCCCAGAUAGCCGUGCGGUCUAAUGCGCUGUUUCCCGAGUGGGAAGCGUCAGCGAUUGAGGGCUGGUUCCCCUUAUUCCAUCUCAGUUACACUAUGUCAGCGAUUGCUGCACAAAUUCUGUCUCCAUGUACGCGUACACCAUAAUUACUCUACCACACAAACAUUUGGGGUUACACUCGUCUCUGGUAUGAGACGUUCCCGGGGGGGGGGGGGGGGGGGCAAAUGGGGGAUGAACUGCACAAUAAACCUGGGUUUGGUGUGGGGCGGCAGUGGAGUGGGUGGACUGCUGUGGUCUAUUGUGGGGUUGUGAACUACUGAGGGCUAUGGCAGGACGAAGCCUCUCCAUCGUUUCCUGACUGCCAACUCUGGCAGCACAGGCUGGAGUGCAACUAUACUGUGAGAUAGAAGCACUGUGAGAUAGAAGCAGUAACUUGAGUGGGGUGGGGAAGGGGAAGUGCUAGCAGUGUAUAGGUGAGGGAAGAGAGGAGUGCCAUCUUGCGGGGUGUGCAGGUACUAGAACGCUACCAGGCACAGUAUCAGGAUGUUGUGGAGCAGGGAGGUGGGGAAAAUGGAAUGAAAAAGGAGAGGAGUGGAGAAAGAUGGGCAGGUGCAUUAGCAGAGGAUGGCAAAGAAAGAGUGUAGGCGGUGAGGAUGGGGAGCAGGUAAUAGGACAGAGAGAGUGGGAAAUGUUGGGUGGAGGGUGUGGGGACAGUAUGUUACCAUAGGUUGAGUCUGGGAUAAUUACAGGAUCACAGAAUGUGUUGUAAGGGUAACUCCCAUCUGUGCAGUUCAGAAAAGCUGGUGGUGGAUGGCUUGAUUAGUGAAGCAGCCACUGAAAUCAGGCAUGUUAUGUUCAGCUGCAUGUUGUGCCACAUGGUGGUCUACUUUGCACUUGGCUAUAGUUUGGUAGUGGCCAUUCAUCCAGGUGGACAGCUGGUAGGUAAUCUUCAUGUAGAUUGUUCUGAUUCCUAUGACAUUUAACUGGUGAAUAAAUAAUGCUGAAACUUGUAGUGCAAAGAAAGAUAGAUAGCUCCAUGUCAUGCAUUUAAAAAAAUGUAUUAGUCAUUUACAAUAAAAUUCAGGCACAAUGUGAGAUAUACAAUAACGGCACAUUACAAUAUGUAAAUACACCGUUUUUCUAACCGUAUACAAAUUACAGGGUGGUAUUUCUGUUGUCACAAUAAACUGCCAGCACAUACAAAAAUGAGAACUUUGAAUCCGGCCAAAGGUAUAGCUUGUUAGCGAUGCUUUAAAGUUCUCUGUAGAACAUUGUGUGUGAAUUCCCAGUUAUAAUUUAGUUAUCAGAGGAAGAGUAAAUUAUUUUUGGACGUAUCUACUUUUGCAUGUAUGGGUACACAUACAGCAACCUAGAGCACUUAAUACAUUAGAUGAAAUGUCAGCAGCUGUUUCCAAAGUGGUAGCUUCAAUGUGAGCAAUGUUUGACAUUCAACUAAAUCAGUUUCCAGAGGAUUAGAUCAGAUGAGGAGAGGGAGGCGGGAAGUAUUUGCUUGAUUCUGUGAGGAAUGUAAUGAAAAAGGACAUUAAUGGAUCAUUCUAUGUAAACAACACAAAGCAAUCCUUUCAAGUUAAACAUCUCUGAUUUCUGCCACAUUUUCUAUGUUCAGUCAUCUUGGUAAGAGAUGAACAGCUACCAAUCUCCGCCAUACACUGUCAGAUGGCUUGCAGUGUAUGGAUGUAGAAGUAUAUGAGAACCCUGUGGAAAUUACAGCUCUGCAAACAACUAAAAUUUACUAGAAUUGUGAUUCUAAUCUAUAUAAAACAAUGGACUUACCACCAGAAAAUUAAUUUAGUAGGCCCUUGCAUUAAUAUGCAGUAUGACGUCACAUCCUCCAACUAACCUUUUCCCUUCCUACCCCAGAUUGUCACCAGCCAGCAGUCAAGGUGACCUCGGCUGUAGGGGAACCUUUCUUAACUUAAAUGUGUUGUAUCCUAGAGACUUCCAUAGAAUGACAUGAAAGUGUGUAUAUGUGCCACUUCCAUUUUCAUUUAUCAGUGCAAUAUAAUGAAACUAUCAGGUUUCUUUCCAUGCAGAAGGAGGUGUGCAUAGUAACUGUACUAAUUUCAAGUAGUAAAGGGUACCCCUUACUACUUGACAUUGAAACUAAAUAACUCAAAAUAUACCAGACAGAAUAUAUAAAUAUACUUUUAUGAGGAUUGGAUAGGAAAUUUACGUUUGUAGUAUAGAUUUUAAUUAAAAUUGUGCCAACCAUCACCACCUCACACAUUAUCAUUAGCACUUUCGUCAGUGAAAUUAAUUUCAUAAUUACGUUCUUGAAUGUGCAAUGACAGAACAAGCAGUGGGAAUGGCCAACCUAAAGAAGUUUUUUGUUUUGUUUUGUUUAUGCCUCCUGGCUGGAUCAACGGAAGCGUCCGAUUCCAUCCGUCUGCUUUGACCCGUGACGUAAUGGUAUUGUGGUGUGUGACGUCACUACGAUGCAGAGUUUUUGAGUUGGUUGUGUUUGUAGGUGUCAUGUUGUUGUAUUUGCUGGUGCCCUCUGGUGGUAAAUGUAGACGUACUGAGUUUAACGGGUAAUAUUGUGUUGAUUUGAGUUUUGGUUGUCAUCGUGCUAAAGUGGUUUUGAGUUUCCGUAGUUAGUGCGAUAACGUGGGUUGUGAAGUACUUUCAGUGAAUUAUUUAGGCGAAUAGCCUAGGAAGAAAUUGACUCCUUGUGAGAAAACGUAAAAACUGAAAAUUGUGACCGGAGUGUUGCGGCAUUUUUUGUAACACAACUCGGAAAAAAAUAAUGAAGGAAGACCUUAAAGAAUAUGGUACCAUUGUCUAGGUGAAAGAUACGUAUGCAUGAGAGAAUACAAAUUUAGGCUGAAGUUCUGUAGAAGCCAAAUUAUUUUAUUGUUGCCAGUGCCACAUAUGCUUUCUGUGUAUGUGAUUCACACACUUUUAACUUUUGCUGCAGAGUUUUAAAGGUGGAAAGAGAAUGUAGCAACACAUCAGGAACAUUCGUUAUGGUCAUACAGUGCAGUAUUUGUUUCAUUCAGUCCUGCACUGCUAGUAUGUUCUUACAUCCAUGUCCCAAUUAUUAAAGCACGAUAAGUUGGGUUGGAAUGACACUGACGAAAUUACAUACAAAUAUUGUUUAACAACAGAGAUCAAGGUACUACGGUGUUUGCUACGACUUUAAACAGCUUCUACAACACUAAUUUAUCGCCCAGCAGGAGGUGCAAAUCUUUCGGAUACUAAGGACGAACACAAAGUAAAAUGAUCUCGCGUUCGUAAUACGUAGGUAUCAUAACAGUUCACAAGGAAAAAUUCACCCAUUAGAAAUGCAAAUACUAAUUACGUCUGUCAUAUAUGGAAAUAUCCGACUUCUUUCAUUACACAUUUCUACAUGAUCCCACUCCUUUGUUCUUUAAUUUUGGUGAGAUGAUCACAAAUAAAUAGGCAAUACGAUUUUGGCUUGUUUAUGCACAGCCUUGACUUAUCCGCGUUAUUACCGACAGACAUUCCUUUACGGAAUUAAUUAUACUAAACGAGUUGAUGGAAAAUAGCACUCUUUGCAAUUAACUAAUAUCAUAUUUUUAAGCUACACAGAAAAAACACUAUGAAACGCGAAAGAUAAUAUGGAUCACAAUUUCAUUUUUGUUUUUUUAUGAAAAUGUUAUCAAUUAACAAUUCAGUCUUGAUAUUUUUAUUUCUUUAAUAUGCGCUAUUUCGCUAGUGGCAUCUGGAAAAAUGAAAUUCGUACUAAUUACUGAAUAUUUCCGUAUUUUUUAUUUUUAUGACUGACAUAUCUCCCCUUCUAACUUCCUUGAUUACGUCUUUGACAGCAGAAUACUACUUUGAACGCUAUGCAGAGGAAAACAAAGACAUGUGAAUAUUUGUGUUUUGGCGGCAGUAGUGUGGUGUUCUCGCCUCGUGUAAGGUUUGUCGACGGCGAAGACUAGCAAAAUGGCUGGUGUUUUUGGAAUUCACGUGGGUAAUUCUUCAGCAUGCUUGGCGUAUUGUAAGGAUGGGAAAGUUGAUAUAAUAGCCGAUGACAGUGGCAACAGAAUAAUGCCUGCAAUAGUCGCGUUUGUUGACGGUGAAGAGACUGUUGGUCUCCCAGCGAAGGCAGCUCUUGUUAGAAAUGCCGCAUGCACCAUUGUUAGAAAUAAGAAACUCUUAAAUGACCGUAUUCCUGACGACGAACUUGAGAAUCAUAUAAAGUCAGUGAAAUGUAAAAUAGUGACUGAAGGAGGUUUGAAAUACGAAAUCAGAGAUGAAGACAAGAUCGUCGUGUAUACCCCAGAAGGAGCCAUGACGUGCAUAUACAAGAAGCUAUUCGGGUUUGCAUCCACGUGUGUACCUCCAGAUACAGAUCUGCGCACUGUCCUGUGUGUGCCCUUAAAUUUUUCAAAGUAUAGUCGUCAGGCACUGGCACGUGCAGCUGAAGAUGCAGGAUUCGAUGUUCUGCAAGUAAUUAGUGAACCUGUAGCAGCCUUGCUUGCUCAAGGGUAUGGUGUUGAGUCCCCAGAUGAGAGAGGGAUGUGCCUCGUUUAUCGCCUGGGGGGAGCUACAAUGGAUGUUACCAUCGUAUUGUGCUGUGCAGGAAUGUACACAGUGAAAGGCCAUGUGUAUAAACCAAACUUUGGAGGGGACAAGUUCACAGAAAUACUUGCUACCUUUCUUGCUGAAGUAUUUCACCAAAAAUGGAAGUUGGAUCCAAAUGAUAGUCGGCGUGCUAUGGCUAAGUUGUACAACUCUUCCGAGCAGUGCAAACACAUUUUGUCCACAAUGAGUACAGCUCAUUGUUUUAUUGAGUCUCUGUGUGAAGGAACAGACUUUAGCUACAAUGUAACUAGAGCUCGGUUUGAAAAUUUGAUUAGCGCAGCUGUGAAAAUGUGCACUGCCCCCAUAGAAGAAGCACUGAGCCAAGCAGGCAUUCAUUACAGAGAGAUAAACAAGGUGCUCCUGUGUGGUGGAUCUGCGAAAAUCCCAUUAAUUCAGCAGUCUGUCUCUGAAAUGUUUCCCAAUUCAGAGUUAUUAUGUAGCGUAAAUCCUGAUGAACUGAUUGCCCUGGGUGCUGCGAAGCAUGGUUGUUAUCUGAAAGAACCAUUUGACCCAGGUUGUGAUCAUCUAUCAUAUGAUAUCCCAGUUGUUACAAAAUCAAUUUUUAUGAAGGCAAACGAUGAUAAAGUGUUGGUUAUACCAUCACAGACACCUGUUCCGGUCAAAGUCACAAAGAGCCUUCCAUUCACAAUCUCCGGAGAAAGUGUACUAGUUCAGGUUUGGGAAGCUGAUGAUGAUGAUGAUGAUGAUGAUGAUGAUGAUGAUGAUGAUGACGAUGAUGACAAAGAACAGCGAGCUGUAAUUUUGGGAAAUCUGACGCUUGAUGGUGUGUCCGCUUCCAGCAGUUUGACUGCUGAAAUAAAUGUAAACAGUAUUGGAAGUCUGCAUGCAAGCAUAACUGAUACUGCAACACAGAAGAAAUCUUCCUUUCGACUGGGUCCUCCACCACCAGAUAAACAAUAGUUCUCAAACAAGCUGGUUAACAACCAUAAUUUAGGGAAACAAUAUUUAACAAAAUUUUUGCUAACAUGUGUUGACAUAAAUCUGUCAAUAAGCAGAAUGUGUUCAAAAAUAUGUUUUUUUAAAUUUGAAAAAUGAUAUGUUGAUAUUGCCUGUGAUAUUAAAAUAAAAUGAUUUCAUAUA